AUGGAACCGAUGUUUUUUGGUGGCGUGGAAGGAGGUGGAACACAUUCAAACCUCGUAAUAUGCGACGAAGAAGGUCAAGUAGUUGGUAAGGCACGUGGCCCUGGAACGAACCACUGGGCGCUGGGUAUAGACGAGUGUGCUAAGCGAGUAAUAGACAUGCUCCAUCUCGCCAAGAAAGACGCUGGGAUACCUGUAGACCAGCCUUUAAAUUCCUUGGGUCUCACAUUGUCGGGGUGCGAGCAAGAAAGCAGUAAUGCGGACUUAGCUGCCAAAGUAAAGGAGAUUGAUGGGAAAUCGGCAAAUGAAGUAUACGUGGCCUCAGAUACUGUGGGAUCUUUGUUCACUGGUGCUCCUGGUGGUGGCAUGGUGCUUAUCGCUGGUACAGGAUCGAACGCCCUACUAAGGACACCUGAUGGUAAGCAAUAUGGCUGUGGAGGAUGGGGAUACCUUUUAGGGGAUGAAGGGGGUGCCUACUGGAUAGCUUUUAGAGCAGUCAAAACUAUAUUUGAUGAUGAAGAUGGUCUCCACACUUCUCCCCACCCCACGGACAAAGUGUGGGAAGUGAUAAGUGAACACUUCAAAGCGACCACCCGAGCUGAUCUCCUCCCACACGCGUAUAAACACUUCGACAAAUCACACUUUGCUGGUUUAACAGCGAAGCUUUCAAAACUAGCUCUCUCCGGAGAUACACUCUCACAGCAUCUGUUCGCUGAAGCGGGAGCGUCUCUCGCUGCGCAUAUAUCUGCGUUGUGCGAGAGGAGUGGUGUGGGCGGGAGCUUGCGGGUGGUGUGCGUGGGCUCGGUGUGGAACAGCUGGGAGGUCAUGAAGCCUGGCGUGCUCAGUCAGCUGGGUGCUAGACGGGUAAACGUUAAUCUAGAAUUAGUCCGACUAAGAGUUUCUAGUGCAAUGGGCGCAGCCUGGCUAGCCGCUGAGCACGUUAACUACAAUUUACCAAGAGAUGAUUCUGCAUUUUGCGAAGUCUUCUAUAGAUAUAAACCUGAUAUUAAUGGUAAGGUAAAUGGUACGCAUAAUGGUAAUAAUGGUAAAAUUGAAAACGGUGUUAUUGGUUGUGGCUGUAGUCAAUGUAUUUUGGUGGCUAGUAGUGUCAUAGGUUAUGUUACUUGUAAAGAAAGAGUAAAAGCAGCUUCUGUGACAAAUCUUACUGGUAGAAGGAGUCAAUAUAAUUUUAUAGCAGAUGUGGUAACUGUUUCCGCGCCAUCAGUUGUGUAUAUAGAAAUACAGGAUGGAAGAAGAUUGGAUUUAUAUACAGGCGAACCCAUUACUAUAUCUAAUGGAUCAGGGUUUAUAGUGAAGGAAGAUGGGUUGAUUUUAACGAACGCUCAUGUUGUAGUGAAUAAGCCAAAUGCCAUAGUAACUGUACGCCUUAUGGACGGCUCCACUCAUACAGGUCUUGUUGAAGAUGUAGAUAUGAGAUCAGAUUUGGCAACACUUAGAAUACCUGUGAAAAACCUACCAACAAUGAAAUUAGGGUCUUCAUCAGAUAUAAAGCCUGGCGAGUGGGUGGUAGCAAUGGGCAGUCCUUUGGCUUUAAGUAAUACUGUAACUGCAGGUGUUGUAAGUUCUGCCCAGAGAGCUAGUGAGGAAUUGGGUUUAAGAGGUAAAGACAUGGUGUACAUACAGACAGAUGCACCUAUCACAUUCGGUAACAGCGGUGGACCACUUGUCAACUUAGAUGGAGAAGCGAUAGGCAUCAACAGUAUGAAAGUCGCAUCGGGUAUAUCGUUUGCGAUACCAAUAGACUAUGUCAAGAAUUUUUUAGCAAAGAGCAAAACAAAGUCACCUCUAGUAUCGAAGAGGUAUUUGGGCAUAACCAUGUUGUCGUUGACCAGCAACAUACUAAUGGAACUAAGAAUGCGGAAUCCAGAUAUGCCGAAAGACAUAGAGCAUGGUAUAUUAGUAUGGAAAGUUAUAAUAGGAUCGCCAGCCUACAACGGUGGACUUCAACCAGGUAUUAUUGAAGAUGGCAAACCAAUUCUCCGAAGCGCCCUGGAGGGUAAAGAGAAAACAACAAAUGAUACAACACAGUACUACGAAGCAAAAGAACUACAAUGGGUAAAAGAACUUCGUACGCAAAUUGAACAGCACGUUAAAAAUUAUGGUUACGAAAAUGCUAAGCCAUUUAUAGAAGAUCUUGUUAAUGGAACAAGUGAAGUAAAAUAUAGCCCUAUAUUAAGGGCAAGGAAGGGAAUAAGAGGAAACGUCAUUGUUUCAUACGUCGAUGAUCAUAAAAAAUGGAAAAAAAAGAAAGGUUUACGGAUGGAGACUCCUGCUGAUAGGUUAUUAUUGUUU